UUCCGUAUAGAACUUUAUUGAAACACACACGCACCGUUGUGUAAAGCUGUGUACAAACACGUGUGUAAGUGUGUGUGGUCUGUGAUAUCAACACUGCUACACGGAACCAGUCUCAUAUCGUUGUUUAUAUAUAUUUUUACAUCCACCCGCGUAUGCAGAUACACUCUUACACACACGUGUAUAAUCGUCUACACAUAGACGUGUGUUAGUGACAAACGAAAGAACGAAAUUUACAAAUCGACAACAAUCCAUUGCAGCAUAAAAUUGAGAAGAUCUGUCACCAAAUGUCUCAUAAUUGCAAUUCAAAUGGUUAGCACCGCCCACAUGGCACCACAUACCUCUGGACGACGACCAACCGCUUGGAUACCUUCCUCCUGACCAACCCCACCGACAGUGCCUAUAUAUAUAGAAACUCGGAGCUUCACCUUCAUCAUCAUCAUCAUCGUCGUCAACGUGUGUCUGUCUCUUCGUCCUGGAAUUCCUCCUGACCCUUGUUGUUGUUGUGGUUGUGGUUCUAUUCGGAACUCGACCCACCCCACCUUGUUCCAUCAUCACCCGUGCUCCAGUAAAAGACACUCGGUUCGGUGCCAAGAACGGUUAAGGUGGGUUCAACUUGAAAUAUCUCUACAACACUUCACUUCGACAGGCAGCGGCCUGCUGGCAGAGUCUCACUUCAAACCAACCUGAGAUGAUGGAGGCAGUAGAGAAUAUUGAUCUGUCUCGGCUCCAACAGCAUUCGCCUCAUAAAGAACUGCAUCUGUCCUUGCUUGACCUGAUGAAAUAUGUGAGUGUUGGCACCAGUGAACUAUUACUUUACCUUCUAAAAGAGACUCACAUCAUCUUAGAAUGUCGCACCUGUUCAAACCUGUUCCGGGACGUGCCUUAUCUCGUGGCGCACAAGCGAAUUUAUUGCAAGCAACGCCAUGAUAGUGCUACAGACAUACAGAUUGCAAAUCGCAGUCCACCCGACGACGAAGGGAAAGCUUCGGUCACUGUCAAACCAAGUAUAUAUGAAGAACAUAAAGAUUUCCUGCAGCAUUCUGUAGAUCUUGCCAAGAAGGUUCUACAAAGCAGCCAGGUUAAUCAUUGUGCACAGAUGUUGCCUAACAAUGGACCCACUAAAAGUCAAUUUUAUGAUGCUGUCCAAAAACAGUUGGAAAUUGCACGUGACAAUCCUGAACCAACACAGUUAUUUAGUUUGGAACCCAUGGAAAAUACGCAGGUAGCUGUCAAAGUGAUUCCAAGUGAUGGAGACGAAUGUUCUGAAGAACAGAAAGAUGAAAAUAAUGACAACACCGACAUCUCGAAAGAGUCUAAAAUGGGGAGUAAUUUAUGUGAAUUAAAGUCAGAACCUUGUGACAAAUUAACUACAUCCCCUUCUACACCCACUCCUGUUGCCUCAGAAACCAAAAUUGACUCUGAAUUGGAUAAACCAUUUUUAAAAUCUGAUUUAGCUGAUUUUAAGAACUGUAUCUGUUUAAAAUGUAACCGUACAUUAUCUAAUCAGAAAAGUUUAGGUGAUCAUCUGCUGACCGUGCAUGCGGAGGAGCUGAAAGAAAGAUCCGACAAUUGUUGUUCCAAUGCAAACAGCAGUUCUCAGUGUCACCCGAUAAAUGGUCUGAGACCUAAAGUUAACAAAAGUGACUGGUUGAAGCCUCGUGGAUAUUCCAGUUCUGAGAAACUGCAGAACAAAUUGCCAUCUACCACCAACAACAGUGCCAAAGAUAUAUUGGAUGCUAAGAAGAAAGCCCAGGCAAAUUUGCUGGCUCUGAAGGAAGAACAGCUUGCAUAUGAAAAUGAAAUUUUACAGCAGAAAUUAAUACGAGGAAUAAUGCCGAAAUCUUCAAGAGGUCGGAAGAAAUUUCGCUGUGAGAGUUGUGGUAAAAUAUUCCCCAAGAUUGAAUCACUUCGAGACCACUUGCGUGACUGUAUUGACUGGGAACAUGUUAACCAGCCAGUCCGAAAUGUCCGGAGCCCUCUGCCCUCUCUUAAGGAAGGCAAUAACUCAUUUGAUUGGCCUGACAUUGCUAACGACUCUGCCUACAAGGUACAACCACCUAAACUUCAGAAUCGAUCACAGACUAAAAUUGAUAAUGUUCGCCCCCCUCCUCGGAAUAUUGCACCAAAAGUGCAGCCUGUCACACAGAUUGCAGUAACAGAUAAUUCCAAACUAACCAAAAUAAAUGGUACUUUGAACACUAUAGCUAAAUCUGUGAUGAGCGACAGCUUGAUCCUUGCCAACCCGAAACUGGGCGAAAGUAAGGUCUUACUCUUUCCCCUGGAAUCCAUCAGCAACAAUCCAAAGCUUAAUGUGACUGUGAAGACCCAGCCGCAGACGACCCCAACUGUGCUCCUUAAUCACAACCUAAAUAAAAUCAGUCCAACUUUAAACGUAAUACCUGUAAGUAUCUGUUCUGUCGACAACAACAACAGUAACAACAACAACAACAACACACAGGUACCACUCAUUGCUACAAAUGGUAACAAUACCAACGCAUGUGGCAAUUUUGAGACGAAAGACGUAGAAAUUAUUGCUGUUAAAAAUAGUCCUAAUGUUCCAUACCAAGAAUUAAGAACUGUUGUAACUACACAAUGCUGGACGGAGAAGGUAAAUUCUUGCUCGGAAGCAGCCGUAUUAAACAGUGAAAGUAAUGUUCCAGGUGUUGCAGGUAGACAUCUCCCCAACAUACAACCAUGUCCUGUUAAUUUAGUUGAAACAAACUGUCCAGACUCAAUAUGCUGCAAGUCUUGCUGUAAUAAUGAGGUGCAAGUCUUGGAGCAUUUAUCAACAGCUGCCAAUAAGUGUUUGCCUGAUGCUGCAAGUUGUUCAGCCGCAGACACUGAAGAUGUGAUUGUCGUAUCUCAAAGUUUCUCAAAUAAUUUUAAUAACGAACAAACACCCAACUAUUUAAGUCCAAACGAUCAUGUGACCAAGCCACCCCAGUGUGAUAAAACUGCAGAAAGAAAUUUUACAGUUGCUUUAUCGGGUUUUGAAAACAAUUCUGUGGAACAGAUUUCCACUAAAGACAGGCAAACAAUAAAAAAGUCAUCACCUAAAAACAGUAAGUGUAUUAAAUGGAAACGCUACAAAUGCAAGCUAUGUCUGUUCUCUGCUGCAAAACGCCACAUGUGCAAGUUACAUGUGAGGCAGCAUCACCUCUGUAAGAUAUUCACAUUAUCAGUGAAAGCCUUAAACCAUUAUGUUACUGACUUAAAUAGAUUGACCAAGAAACCAACAGGUUCACGGCAACGGCAUUCACAAAUUCAAAAUAAAUCUUUUCCAUCGUUGUCCACUAAGAAAUCUUCAAAAUGGAAAUCUCUCUCUCAGAGAAGUAAGGAGCUUAACCAAUCCCACCACAGUAGUUCUGUAAGUAAGCUGUCCAAAUUAUCUUUAACUAAAAGCAGAGUUGAUAUGAAAACAAUCUUGGACAGUAAAAGACGAAUGUGUCUCAAAUGUAAUCGUACUUUUCAGAUGGUGUCUCGGUUAGAAAAACAUGUUUCUUGUCAUCUCGGUUGGAAAGUGAAUCACAGUAAACAGAACUUGGUCAACAACAACAACAAACAAUUAAAGCAGAAAACGGAAGGGAAUUGUAAAGAAAAUGAAAUAACAGAAUGUAUGUUUGUUGAUUUGACUGGAGAACAAGGGGCCACAGACAGCAGACAUUUACCGUCUUAUGGGAUUUCUACAGCUGCAGGUUCAAGUGGAACUUGUUCCAAUAAUCACUGGAAUUCUUCUAAUCCAACCAGUGUUUCUCAUGGCAAUCAUGGUCAGUUAUCAGUUCUAAACACGAGGAAAGGCUCUUACCAGAAGCCACAGGUACUUCUUGACCUUGCAUCCAAAAACCUCAAAAGUAAUGUGAAAAAAGUUGAUUCUUAAUUGAAUUCAUUAAACUUAUAACAAACUGUGGUGAGAUUGAUGAGGAAAAGUCUACUUAAUCACAAUUCCGCUCUCUCUCUCCCCCCCUCUCUGGAUUAUUAUAAUCCUCCUGAGCCUUAAUUGUACCAUUUGUGAAUAACCCGAUCCCUCCUCUCGCCCUUUACACAACGUUUUACUCACAUUUUAUGUCUGAGUUUCUUGUGCAAAUGUCUUUUAUCAUUGCAGAUUUCUAUGAAUGAAGCUCAUUUGUACCACUUGGCUCUCACUUCUGCACAACCUAACUUCUUCCCUUUCUACCAGCAAACCAACUUAUCUUCCAAUCUCCACCUAUUUAGAUGCCUUUCUUCCCAUCCAUCCAUCUACCUACUCUCAUACCUAUCUAUUUAUGUACCUCUCUCUCUAUAUAUAUAUAGCUAUAUAUGUACCUACAUAUCUAUCUACCUAUCUAUAGACCUAUCUAUCUACAUAUCUUUGUACCUAUUAUCUUUCCUACCUACUACCUAUCUAGUUGCCUAUUUAUCUACCUACCUGACUACUUACCUUUUAUCCACCUGUCUGCCUACCUUUCUAUCUACCUAUUACCUACCUAUCUACUUAUACAUGGCACCCACACUCAACACGUAAAAUAAACGACCGUCUCUAAUUGCCUUCUCGUGAAUUAUUUAUGUAUUUCAAGACUUUCUCCAAGAGGGAAGUGACAGACACUAUCUGACGGAGCCAUAAACUUGGUUGAAACCAUUGUAAAUAUAUUUGAACCUGUAAAUGUCGACGCCGAUCACAUUGGGGAAGGUGGACUUAUCCACUAUCAGGUUUAUGAUACCCCACCCUGUUGUCUUCACCAUAUUUCAUGCUGCAAUUACUUUUCUAACAGAACACUACUUCUACAAGAACUAACCAAUUCCAGAGACAAAAACCAACAACAAAAAGUAAAAACAUCCAUUUUAGGGUUUCUUUGAAAUUUUCUAAUCUUGACACCCAACAUGAAUUGUUCUUUGGGUCCUCAGAAUACAGAACUCUUCUUUCUCUCCCCCCCCCCUCUCUCUCUCUCUCUCUCUUAUGCUUCCCCUAAUUACAAAUGGAUGUUUUUGUUUCAAUUCUGUGAUCUUCAUAAUUGUUUACUGAAACUAAAAAAAAUCACUUUGGAAGCAGAAGUCAUGUGUGCCUGUGUGUGUGUGUGUGUGUGUGUGUGUGCGCGCGCGUGCCUCUGUGUGUGUGUGUGCCUGCGUGUGUAUGUGUGUGUGUGUGUGUUCCUUGAAAAGUGCGUUUUCGCUCUGUUGCUGUGCAGGUUUUUGUUUUGUGCUGUUCUUCAGGUCAUCACAAAAGUACGAAGGUUUCAUCUGCACAAUUGCACAAACUGAGAAAUUCUCGUUAGUCACAGAGGUGAGUUCUCACUGCUUUUCAAAAACUAAAUAAACUCUUGUUACAUACAUUAAGCAGUUUCUUUUCCUGUUUGUACAACCAACACUGACCUUUGUACACACACACACACAUUCCCUCUCUCUCGCUCUCUCUCUCACACACACAGAGAUUAGCUUUAGACGAAUGAAAUGUAGUUUGGGUCAUAUCAGGAUGGGGUACCACUGAUGCUCUCCUCCUAGUAAGACAACCAAAGAAGAAGAAAUUUUUAAGGGUCAAUCAUUAUAUGUAGCAUUUGUUGAACCAGAGAUGACCUUUGACUGGGUAUUGUGGUCUGUAAUGUGAAGGUUACUAAGGAAACCUGGUGUUGAUGUAAGUGAUGUCCAGAGAUGUUGUUAGAAGGUGAGACAAGUUCAAUUUAAGGGUUCAUCAGGGCUUGAUUCUGGGCCCCUUAUUUAUUUUAGUUCUUCAGGUCAAAACAGGAGAGUUUAAAGACAGGUUCUCUGUGGGAACACCAUAAAUGGAUGGCCUCAUAGCUGAAUAGAAAAGAAACUUGUAAGUAAAUCAGUGAAGACGGGAUUUCUUUGCUGCCAGGAAAGCAACCAUGAUUGGUUGGAAUUCACUUUGGUAAAUACAAUACAAACUAUUUGGUGCACCGGAUGUUAAGGGACCACAAGCACCUGGCAGGUGAGAAAGGGUUUAUCAACGACAGGUGUGCAGGAGUUGGAAUGAGGUAGACAUGCUAGUUUUGUUACUUUGAAUACAAAUGAAGUGAGAAAAGAAAAAAAUGGGUCUAGGAAGAAUAAGAUGUAGAGUUUAAGGCAGAAGAGGAAUGGUGGAGGCAGUUGGUGUGUUUGGAGGAUGGAAGUUGGAUGAAGAAUUAUUGGGGAAUCUAAAUAGAACAAACUUGUGGAAGGAGACAAGACGGGAAAAGUGGUGGAGGUAGAUGCUGAGGGAAUAAACUCGAGGAAAGCCAUGGUAAAGGAUUGCAAUAAAUGAGGGGUCAGGUGUGCUUGAAAUGAUACAUUCAGACAUUGUAAAAAUGUUACCCCCCCCCCCAUAGACACAUAACCAGGUAAAGAAUGCAAUAACUAAAAUAAGCACCUGUUGUAUAGGAACAGUUUUCAGUUCAGAAUGUUGGUUAAUGAAGAAUAGAAUGAUAAGAAACGGUGCUGUUUGUGUCUUGGAGCAGAAUCAGAUGACACAAGUUCAAUAUACACUACUGAUUUUUUUUUUUUAGCAUUAAUGUUGCCACAGUCCACCUAGGUGUACAGAGACACCCAGCCCCAGGUGGAUAUCAUGGGGUUCACACCAUUAUACGUAUGUGUUAUGCAUUAUAAAUAUGUAUUAUGCACACCUACAAGACCUAGAUUUUGUUUUCCAUUUUAUUUGAAUGCAAUUCCAGCUUCUCUUUAACACAAACUGAAUUCCUUGAUUUACCUUUAUCUUUGGUAAUCACUUUUCCUCAACACACCACGCCAUCUUGUUGUUGUCUCUCGGCUCCGCUUAAACUCUCGUCUCUCAAUGAACCAAUAUUUGAUCACCAAAUGAAUCUGCUUCAUUCUCUGUUAAUUCUUAAUCCAUCCAUUUGUCUCUCUAGAUUGAUACAUCAUCAUUUAACUUGUCUUUUUUUCCCCAUUUUGGCAAUGGCUGGAUGGUUUGACUGAAACUGACCAGCUAGACGGUUCUGCCAGGUUCCAGUUAUCUGUUUUGGCAUGGUCUCUACAUCUAGAUGCCCUUCCUGAUGCCAACCCCUUUACAGAGUGUACUGAGUGCUUUUUAUGUGGCACCAGUACUAGUGAGGUCAUUAAGUACUUGCCAAGGAAGCACCCCUCCACUCAAUUGGGGUGAAGUAUUGAAAAGAGGGAAGGGAACAGUUGUGUUAGAGUUCUAAACAAGCUGUGGCCAACUUUGCCCUUCAUCUUUCUGGGGAUUCGUAAAAGAAACUAGCAAUCAGGUACUGGAGUGACCAGAGUCAACUGGAAUUCUCCCCUUAAAAUUGCUUGCCCUGGGCCUAGUGUGACUGGCGUUCAGUUUGAAACUAAUGGGAUUUUGUUGGUAGAGCAAAGAGGGGGCCCUGGACACAGUAAAUUCGAAGGAGCAGAAGUUGUCCAAGUUUCAGUGUGUCAUGGAGUGGACACAACUUGGUGGCGUCCAGUGGUUGUGUAAUGUCCUUGUGCUUGAGUGCAGUCUCCAAGGUGGGAGCUGUAUUCUUAUGAAGGAAAUAUGAAACUUUCUAACAUUUUAGCAACUUUGGGAGGGAACUUACAUAAGAUAUAAACACCUGACAGUCAAUUAGAUAAGAUACACCUGCCUCCAGGUAAUAAAAACCCUUUUAGCUGGUAACUAAAUGUCGUCUGCUGACCAUAUUCUCUUGUUUCAGUAAAAUUCUGCAAUAAUCCUGAUGUGUGUGUACACCUACUUUUCAUGUGUUUAUAGUUUAAGUUUUUUGUUGAAAUCAUUU